AGAGAGAGAGAGAGGGCAGGACCAUCCAUCUGUUCUUCUUUUCUUUAUUUCCUCCAUUUGAUAUGUAAAACCCUCACCGUUCCGAUCUUCUCCUGCAGUCUUUUGUUGACAGAGAGAGGAGAGAGAGGUUUCAUCGCACGGCGCGGUUGAGAUACAGAGUGGCCCCAUCGCACAUCUCGGUUGAUUGCUGCGAUCAACAUGUCUAGGUUUUUUGGUUGUGCCAUUUUAUGAAGGGGGAGUGGGGAGAGGAGGGCAAGAGUGGAAUCUGUAGAAAAUUGAUUGUUUUUGUUUCCUCUGUGUGUGUCUGGUGGGUUCCGUUUCGUGAGGAGGAAACUUGUGGAAUUGGAGUUUGGACGUGAGGAGGAGGGUGGUUGUGCAGUGCGUGCGGAAUGGACACGGUGGUGCUCGACGACAUCAUCAGUCGGCUGCUUGAGGUCAGAGGGGCGAAGCCCGGCAAGCAAGUUCAGCUCUCAGAGAACGAGAUCCGGCAACUUUGCGUCGUUUCCAAGGAGAUUUUCAUGCAGCAACCCAAUCUGUUGGAGCUUGAAGCACCCAUCAAAAUUUGCGGUGAUAUCCAUGGUCAAUAUUCUGAUCUACUGAGACUUUUUGAGUAUGGUGGUUUGCCUCCACAAGCGAAUUACUUAUUUUUAGGGGAUUAUGUUGAUCGAGGAAAGCAAAGCUUGGAGACAAUCUGUCUUCUCCUUGCAUAUAAAAUCAAGUAUCCAGAGAACUUCUUUCUUUUGAGGGGUAACCAUGAAUGUGCUUCUAUAAACCGCAUAUACGGAUUUUAUGAUGAGUGCAAGAGGCGAUUUAAUGUGCGGUUGUGGAAAGUUUUUACAGAUUGUUUUAACUGUUUGCCUGUGGCAGCUCUAAUUGAUGAAAAGAUACUCUGCAUGCAUGGUGGUCUUUCUCCUGAUCUCAAUCAUCUAGACCAAAUUAGAAAUUUAAAUCGUCCAACUGAUGUCCCAGAUACUGGUUUUCUAUGUGAUUUGUUGUGGUCUGACCCAAGUAAGGAAGUUCAGGGAUGGGGAAUGAAUGAUAGAGGGGUAUCCUAUACCUUUGGCCCUGACAAAGUUGCAGAGUUUCUGGAGAGGCAUGAUCUAGAUCUUAUCUGCCGUGCUCACCAGGUUGUGGAAGAUGGAUAUGAAUUCUUUGCUGACAGACAGCUUGUAACAAUAUUUUCUGCACCAAAUUAUUGUGGUGAAUUUGAUAAUGCCGGUGCUAUGAUGAGCGUGGAUGAAACUCUGAUGUGCUCUUUUCAAAUACUAAAGCCUGCCGAAAAGAAAUCAAAGUAUCUUUAUGGAAGUUCAAAUGCUGCUAUGGUUAAACCUGGAACAGGACAAACUGGAGUCAAGCCUUUCCUGGGACCGAAAGCAUGAGGUUCAAGAUUUGAUGAAGGUGCAGUUGCACAUUAAAUAUACCCCGUUUUGGCUGCAUCAUCUAAAUUCAUUUAAUUAGCGAAGACUAUUUUAUCUGGGAGCAGAGGUCUAGAAGCGCUGAUAUACAAUAUUCACAAAGGAUUGCAAUGGGACUGCAAAUAAGAUUACUCCAAUUUCCAAGCUUAUUAUUGUGGCAGGCCCAUCUUUUGAAUGCAUGAUUUUCAUCUAAUGCAUGAAGUACAUUCUUCCGAAAGGUGGUGUAUAUAGUUGCAUUUCACCAACAAAGAUUUCGGGCGAUAACUAUAUUAUUGCCUCCACGCUGAAACCUGAACAUCAUGUAAUUGCCUUCAAGUCGUGGAUCAUGAAGAUUGCUUUUGACAAGCAAUUGCAUGGUUUGGCAUCAAUAUUUGUGAUUACUCUUACCAGGGGUCUCACUGUCUCCGGUUUGUGUUGUUGGGGACUUUGUUGUAGGAGUUUAUUAGAAACUUGGUAUACCGCAUUGCAGUUUGUGGUUUCA